AUGGAUCUCAACGCGCGAGCAGUCAACUACGCCUCUCACCCGGACUUGAAAGACGUCUUCUUGACGAACGCCGGCCUGAGCGACUUGGACCCAGCGGCGGCGCUCAGGAAAAGUGAUGGCCACAAGGCCGUGACGUGGAUGGACGGCGCAGGAUGGGUUGUUGGAUAUCGAGAGUGCCAAGCAGGUUGCCUAGUGCGCUACAAUCCCGCCAACACCGGCGACGAAAACCCUCCUCUCCAGUACAGCGGCUCCCUCGAUACAAGUGGCACGCUCGGCCUCGUCGAGCGCAUCUUGGCGCCUGACCAAAAGACCGCCAAAAUUAGGCGCUUUAUAUCGGGGCAAGCUCUCAAGAGGGCGCUGGACGAGCGCGAGAGCGGUAUCAUUAGCGGUCAAGCCACCGCCACCGCCAUGCACCUCUUGAACAUCACUCGCGACACGCACCUGCUCACGAACCUGACGGACAUCGUCGGCGCAGACGAGAUCAAAUUCGUCCUCGCCCAGGAAGAUAUCCCGCUCGGCCUACGCUUCAACGCCCGCAUCCGCUGGUACCCGGAUGGUCUCGUACAGACUGAUAUUCGUCCGUUUUGA